CAGUUGUGACACAUGUCGUAAUGUGCUCUGCUCUGUCAAAUAAUUUGAAUGAAACAAUAAUUAUUUACUUAACUGCCAUGUGUAACUGAAACGGUUAAAAAAUACGUAUUUAGAGUAUAUGAGAACUUAAAAAAUGGCAUGUAAACUACAUAGAGUUCGUUACUAUAAUCCAAAACCGGAACCAAUAAAUUGUGUCGCUUUUAGUAAAACUAAUAAAACACUUGCAGUAGCAAGGUCUGACGCCUCUAUAGAGAUUUGGGAUUUAAACUACGCCCCUCAUUUAAUUAAACUUAUACCCGGUGCUGAAAACGCGUCAGUGGAAGCACUGGGAUGGGUUAAAGAUAGAUUGUUAUCAACUGGGCUUGGUGGAGCUUUGCUGGAAUGGGAUGUCAAUACUUUGAGUAUUAAAAACACGGUGAUACUGACAGGGUAUGCUGCAUGGUGCCUUGACGUCGAUCCUAACAAUACUUUAGUAGCCGUGGGUACAGAGCAAGGUUAUAUUAACCUAUACAAUGUUGAAUAUGAUGACAUUGUAUAUAAAAAGUUAUUUGAUAAGCAAGAAGGUAGAAUUAUGUGCUGUAAAUUUGAUAAAACAGGAAAGGUUUUGGUAACAGGGUCUAUCAAUACAAUAAGAGUAUGGAAUGUAGAGACAGGCCAUGCUACUUGCCGCAUUUCUGUCAGUAGACGUGGAAAUGAGAUGAUUGUGUGGUGCCUGGCGGUGCUUUCAGAUAAUGUUGUUGUGUCUGGAGACAGUCAGGGCAGGCUGACAUUUUGGGACAGUGUCCUUGGUGAUCAGAUAGAGACAUAUACCACACAUAAAUCAAACAUACUAUCAAUAGUUGUGUCUGAUGACGAAAAGAAUUUAUACUGCAGUGGAGUCGACCCUGUGAUUAUGAAUUUUGUUAAAGUCAGCAAAGGCUCGGGUAAAAUUACUGGCGCCCAGUGGGUGAAGAAUGUACAGAGGAAUAUUCAUGAGCAUCAAGUGAGAGCGUUAAUUUUAAAUGGAGACAAGCUAGUGUCAGUGGGAGCAGAUGGCUAUCUAACACUAUCAAGCUACCCACCUAAAUGGGUUAUGAGAAUACCACCAAUGAUUCCUGCUGUCAGAUCAGCUGUUUGUGGAAAGAACAAGCUUUUGUUAUUAAGGUAUUCUAAUCACUUAGAAGUGUGGAAAUUAGGAGCAUAUGGAACUAAUGAAAAUGGAAAUGUAAUGAUUGCUGAUGUACAGUCACAGCAAAAUGUAGAUAAAGAAAAUGACAACACACAGUUGGAGCAAGACACAGUAAUAUUAGAUUAUAAGAAAGGUAAUAAAUCGUCAGGCACACAGAAGUUAAAAAUAACUGAUAAACCUUUGAAGCUUAUAUCAGUUAAAACAAAGAAAAACAAACAGAUAGUGAGUUGUGCUCUGUCACCGGAUGGCCAGUUUGUCGCUUAUUCUACUGACAGUGAUGUACGAAUGCUUAAAUUGGAUACAGAGGAUGAAGGUAACAUAUCAUUGACGAAAGUAUUAAUAAGUGGAUUGUCAUCAAUGUGUGACCGUAUGAUGUUCAGCGAGGACUCGCAGACGUUGCUGGUACAUACUCGGGGAGAGAUCAAAGCUCUGCAUGUUGACGCACAAGCCGGUGCCACUGUUAUACAGACAAUAGCAACUGAUAAAUAUUUAAAAAGUAAAACUGCGUUACAUUUACACGUGUCAAAGAAAACUCCAUCGAAUAAUACGUAUUUGGUGAUGGCGGACACUGAUGGUGUGGUGGUGGUGUGGGCGCGCAGUCACAAGAAGUUCGAGCACCACGUGACGCUGCCCAAGUACCGCUGCGUGCCCGCCGCACUCACUGUUGAUACAAACCAUGAAACUCUUAUUAUUGCUUACGUAGACCAAAAGUUAAUUGAAUACGAUCUGUCAAACAAGAAGUUAAGUGAGUGGGGAAACGAGACGCUGCCGGCGCAGUGGCUCGCUCGCCGCAACGCUGUCUCCUCGGUGUCGGUGCACCCCGGCUCUGACGCACUCGUCUUCCAGGACGAAACCUCGCUAUGGAUCAUGAAUAAGAAAUCUAAGAAUACCAACGAAGAACCGAGUGCAAAGAAGAAAUUCAAUAAAAACAACUAUGGUAUGAACCUUAAAAUAAUACCUAUAAAGUAUUUAGCUGGAUUUCAUUGGAUCGGCGACGACGAAGCGGUCACCUUGGAAAUUUUACCAGAAAACAUAGUUUCUCAACUGCCACCGGCGUUUGUUACUAAGAGACACAAUAUGGGUUAAUUAUUUUUUAUCUUAAUAAAAAAAAUGGCAUAUUUAAAAAUAAAACAGUAAUAAGUACAA